UUGAACUGAAACCUAAAAGUUAUAUCUGGAGGAAGACCAAGAUCACCUGAUUCCAGCAAACAUGGAUGGAAGACCCACCUGUGACCAGUGUGGAAAGACUUUCACCAGAAUAAGUAGGCUGAAGGAACACCUACGCUUCCACACUGGAGAAAGACCAUAUGACUGUGACCAGUGUGGAAAGACUUUCACCUUAGCAAGUAACUUAAAAAUCCACCAACGCAUCCACACUGGAGAAAGACCAUAUUACUGUGACCAGUGUGGAAAGACUUUCACCCAUAUGAGUGUGCUGAAAAACCACCAACACAUCCACACUGGAGAAAGACCAUAUGACUGUUACCAGUGUGGAAAGGCUUUCACCUCUACAAGUGACUUAAAAAGCCACCAACGCGUUCACACUGGAGAGAGACCAUAUUACUGUGACCAGUGUGGGAAGGCUUUCACUCGUAUGAGUGUGCUCAAAAUCCACCAACGUAUCCACACUGGAGAAAGACCAUAUUACUGUGACCAGUGUGGGAAGACUUUCAGUUCCUCUUCUGCUUUACGUUCUCAUCACUGUGUUCACCACAAGAAGGUGAUGUACCCCUGUGAUCGGUGCACAAAGAUAUUCUGGUCCUAUUCCUCUUACAAGUGUCACCAACAGACCCAUAUUGGAGAGAAUCCCAACCAGUGCAGAUUUGGUGACGGAUCUUUUAUCACAGGUUCACGAUGUACCAAACAUGAACGUGUCAAACAUUUCCACAAAAGACAAAAACUGAACAGUUGUACAAAAAGUAAGACUCUAGACAAUCAGUCAUAACACGCCAAGAUAGUUGGAGUGUUAUCAAUGUCCAAAAUGAUCCUCGUCAUCC